AUGGCGCCCUCCCUGACCCCCUCACAAGUCUCCACCAUCAAGGCCACCGUCCCCGUCCUCGCCGCCCACGGCCUCGCCAUCACCAAGCACUUCUACGCCGACCUGCUCGCCGCCAACCCCUCGCUCAAAUCCGUCUUCAACAACACGCACCAGCAGACGGGCCACCAGCCCGCCGCCCUCGCGGGUGCCCUCUACGCCUACGCCUCCAACAUCGACGCCCUGGGCAACCUCGCGCCCGCCGUCGAGCUCAUCUGCCACAAGCAUGCCUCCCUCUACAUCCGCCCCGAGCAGUACAACAUCGUCGGCACGCAUCUGCUGGCAUCCUUGAAGGCGGUGCUCGGGGACGCCGCGACGCCGGAUAUCAUGGACGCUUGGGCGGCCGCGUACUGGCAACUCGCGGAGCUGAUGAUCGCGCGGGAGAAGGCGCUGUACGACGAGGCGAGCGAGUGGGCCGACUGGAGGGAUUUUAGCAUUGUUAAGAAGGAAAAGGAGAGUGAGGAGAUUACCUCGUUCUACCUCGAGCCCGUGGAGCAGGGGUUCAAGUUACCCCGUUUCAAGCCGGGGCAGUACAUCUCGGUCAAUCUGUUCGUCGACGAGCUCGACGGCGGCGUGUGGCAGGCACGGCAGUACAGCCUCAGCGACGCGCCGGGGAAACCGUACCUACGCAUCUCGGUGAAGAAGGAGCCUGCCGUCGAGAUCGGCGAGCCGAAGAGUCUGAUGCACCCCGGUUAUCUGUCCAAUCUCUUGCAUGAGAAGAAGGAGGUGGGCGAUGUGGUGCGCGUGUCGCAUCCAUUUGGAGAUUUCUUCCUUGAUGAGCCCGCGGAGCAGGUUGGGGAGAAGACGCCCGUGGUCCUGAUUUCGGCGGGCGUGGGCUUGACGUGUUUGAUGAGUGUGCUGAAUUCGCUCGUGGAAGAGGGCAAGGGCACCAAGACGAAGAUUUCCUGGAUCCACGUCGCGCGGAACGAGAAGGUGAGGGCGUUUAGGAAAUAUACCGAUGCGCUGGCUACGCAGCAUAAGAAUGUCAAGACGGUGUACUUCUCGUCGGAACCCGCCGAGGGCGAGGUCCAGGGCAAGGAUUACGAUGUCCGGGGUCGUUUGGAUUUGGAUUUGGUGGAUAAGGAGGAUUUGUUUGUGGAGAACGACAAGACGGCGUAUUUUGUCUGCGGGCCGCCGCAGUUUAUGGUGCAGACGGCGAGGAAGUUGAUGGGGUAUGGUGUUCCGGAGAGUAGGAUCAAGAUGGAGUUGUUCGGGACGGGGGGUGUGCCCAAGGUUUAG